AUGGAUAGCGAUAAAUCCGAAGAUGAAUCUGAACUGUUGGGUGGGUUAUCUGAGAAUCUGGUAGACGAAAUACUAGAUUCCGAGAUACGUCAGGCAUUCAAUCUAUUUGACACCACUGCCACGGGGCGAAUCAAUUUUAUCCAAUGUAAAGUGGCAUUCCGGGCCCUAGGUCUAUCUUUAUCUGACAAAUCGCUAAUCGAUGUAUUCGACAAGGCCGGGAAGAUGCCAGAUGAACACUUAAAUUAUGCUGAAUUUCACUCAUUAGUAGUAUCCAUAAUUGAUAAAAGGUGCAAUAAGAAAGAAGCGGAAAAGAUAUUCCAUUUGCUAAAGGGUGAUAAUGAUGCUAUAACUAUUGAUAGUCUUUCCAGCGUUGCUCAACAACUGGGCGAAUCAAUACCUAUGGAUGAAAUUAAACUCAUGAUUAUGGAGGCUGAUACUAGUAAUAGUGGGUGUAUCGGUUUCGAUGACUUUUUUCACGUGUUAAAGUCUACUUGGUGUUCUAGUGGCAUUGACUAG